CAUCCAGCUGGGUGUGAGUGUGUGAGACUCUGACUCUGCUCCUGCUCCAGGGGGAGAUCGCCUCCUGGGCGGGCGGUGCUUCCCUUAUUUCUCCUGGUUUUCUCCCCUCCUCCCCUCGCAUGGAAGGCGCUAUAAAUGCUGCGACCGCCUGAACGGGAAGCGACGACGGAGCACCCCAGUUUCACUCGAAGUGCGCUCGCCGUAAUCGCCGCUAACAUGUGGUUCCUCCUAGUGGCGAUGGGCAGCCUGAGAGCAGGGUUGGCGUUACCCACUCCGUCUCCAGCGCCGAUCCCCUUAGGCGCGCAGUGCUUGGGCUCCGCCUGCUUCGGUUUAUUCGGCAUUUCCAGGACUUUCACCGAGGCGGGCGGCGUGUGCGAGGCAGGCGGCGGACACCUCAUGACGGUCCGCUCCACGGUGGCGGCGGAGGCCAUUGCGCUGCUGCUGCUGCGCGACCGCCCCGGCAGCGCCUGGCUAGGCUUGCGCCUGCCCGGGAACCGCUGCGUCGAACCGACGAAACGCCUGCGGGGAUUUCAGUGGGUGACCGGCGACGAGCGGACGGACUUCGACGCUUGGGAGAGCAACGGGUCCGACGCAAAAGUGCCCACCUGCGGCCCCAUGUGCGUGGCGGUGACUGCCCAACUGAGGUGGCAGGAGCGCGCCUGCAACGCCUCCGCCGAAGCCAUCCUCUGCGAGUACAACUAUCCGAACGGGACCUGCGGGCCCCUGCCGGCCGCCUUCGCGGUCACUUACCUCACGCCCUUCGGCGCCCGAGAGAGCGAUCUGGUGGCCUCUCCGCCGGGCACUACGGCGGUGGUGCAGAGUUUGGGUGCCGUUCUGGAGUGCCGUGCUCAGGGCAACAACGGGUCUUUCGAAUGGGUUUCAGCCGCGCCCGGCGCCUGGGAUUGCCAGUUGCAAAAUGGGGGCUGUGACGAUCAGUGUCAUUUGGACGAGGAAGGGAGACCCCAUUGCGCCUGCCUGGAAGGCAAGACGUUGUUGGAGGACCAACGGAGCUGCUGGUCCCCCUGUGCCAGUUUAGGAUGCCAGCAGUAUUGUGAGCCUCAGGGUGACUCUGGAGUCUGUAUGUGCUUUGAGGGUUAUGAGCUGGAUUCUGAUGGCAAGAGCUGCUUGGACAUCGAUGACUGUCAGGCCACACCAGGGCUUUGUGAACAGGAGUGCAUUAACACCCAGGGCGCAUUUGAGUGCCGCUGCUGGCAAGGCUAUGAUCUGGUGAAGGGCAAAUGCCUCCUAGAAAAAUGGGCGUGCUUUGAUUUAACGUGUGAACAUGACUGCAACCUUGUUGAUGGAGAGUAUAAAUGCACAUGUUUUGAGGGAUAUAUUCCAGACCCCAAAAGUCCUCAUAAGUGUCUCCAAGUCUGUAACCAGAGUCAAUGCGCUGCACAGUGUGACCCUAACAAUAUAAAUGAAUGCUAUUGUCCAGAAAACUUUAUCUUGGAAAUGAACAUAGAUGGUAUACAAGUAUGCACAGACAUCAAUGAGUGUGAGGCUAAAUUCUGUGGUUCCCUGAAGUGCAUAAAUAUACCUGGCAGUUACAACUGCAUCUGUCCCAAUGGACUUAUUCAAGAAGCGGGCAGCUUCUGUGAGGAGCCAUCAGAAGAACCAGAAGAGUUUUCAGGUGAAACUGAAACUUAUCCCAAAUCACCUGUUCCUCCUUCUUUUGCUCCACCAAAGGAUGGCAGCAGCCGAGGAACAUUGGUUGCAAUAAUUGUUGGCGUCACCUGUACGGUUGUGAUGUUGGUAGUUAUUAUCUGCUACCUGGUGAAGAAACGCUAUGCUGCACAAAGCAUAUCAGACUACAAAUCUCAGCAGUCUGAAAGUGGUGUGGCACUUCAGCAUGUUAGUUCAACAUGUGACUCUUCCAGACAGAAAAUGUAGGAAACAUUCAUUCUGGAAGGAGAAAAGAGACAAUAAUUUUAAAAACUGCAAGGAAAUGUUUAUGAAUUUGGGGGUGGGGAGUGGAGUCCUGUGCAGAUGCUGUUUAAUUCAUAACUGCCUGCAUGAACUCUGAAGUAAUGUUUUCCUUUCAUUUCCCGAGAGUUAAUUGUCAUGCCGUGAGAGCAAUGUUAGUAUUUGUCACUGACUUAUAAUGUGAAUCCCACGUGUGCAGAGAAAUGGAGUCUGGGGUGCAUUUAUGUAGGAUUUUAGUUCUACCCUUCUUUUCUUCAAAUACAACGUGAUUGGUCUAUAAUUUGUUGUACAGACAUGAUGCUGCCUGUGUUGAAGAUCAAGAUCAAAUGAAAUGGGAGGGAUAUUAAAUUCUUCUACAAGUAUUUUGCCUGGAAGCUUUCACUGUUAAACAUAUAUUUCUAAUUCACAGCUUUCACCUUGUUAACAUUAUUGGAUAAUAAUUCUAUGUAACAAUCUUGACAUAGUCUCUGUGAAUGUUGAAGGAGUUAGCUAUCAGCCCAUGCCAAAUUAUCCCAUUUAAUUUGCAAUACACUACUAUGCAGCCCCAUUCUCCUCCCCCCCCUUUUUUUUAUUACAGAUUUGGGCUUUUAUCUUCUUUAUUAGACAUUUGGUUUGUAAUACAAACUUUCUGUGUUGUCAAAGUAGUUUUGAGUACUUGCUGUUAUAAGCACAACUACUUUAUUGCGAUGUUAUUCCUUUUUUCUUUGUGCGACUUUCCUUUAUCUUCAUCUCAUUUUCAGAUUGUUCUAUUUGUUUCACAAUGGAUUUCUCUAAUUGAAAAACGUGACAUACCAGUUUGCACUUUGGACACUUUUAUUUAACUGGAUUAAAUUCCUUUCUUUCAUGUUUUGUUUCUAAUAUAAAAUGUUCACCAGUUUUAGUGGAAGCUGUAUCAUGCCUUUCAGAUUUUCAGUACUGUAUUGGAAAGAGUUGGAGAAUGACAUUUUAAUGCCUUCAUUUGAGAAACUCUUUCAUUUUUACUUAAGAUGAUAAGCAUGAUAAAAAGGACUUUAAACAUUGUAAAGUGAAUUGUAUCUAAUCAGUUCUGAAACAAAAUUCAGCUAAAUGUAAGCCCUUUGCAUUGAUUUCAGGUACAAAGUGUAACCAAAGGCUAAAUGUGAACUAAUUAAUACCUGGUGAGUUUUAUCAUACCUGGAUUCUUUCAGAGUUAUGAUGUCACCAUUGCAGUAUCUUAUUGGGAGUUUGCAAAAAAUGUUAUAGGCAUUUGUUGAAUACUAUAGCCAUGUCUUCCUGAAGGAUUUUUAUAACUUCUAGUGUCACCCGACCGUUAGUGAAGCAAUAUAAAGUUUAUUUUUAUUACUGUGUUACCAGCAGAGAAACAACUGGAUGAAAAUGUAAGGGGCUAUGAAUCACUGGUAAGGAAAUUAUCAAUCUUGCUGUUAAUUGGUUAAUACAGUUCCAAUGUGGUAUUUUUUAACACUUUAAAAUGGCUCUUUUAAUAAAUGGAAGUGAAUGAGAUAGUUUAUAAGUGAAUGUUUUAUGUAUGUAUUUAUAGAAAAUAUGCUAUAAAGUUAUUUUUCCAUCAGUGUACAUAAAAAGUCAAUCUAUAUAAAAUUUGCAGCAUGAUCUCUUUCACAUACUACAUACAUGUUGUGUUUCAAGCAUCUCUUUAUUUUGUCUGGAUUUCCAGAUUUUAUGGUAGAUUUCUUGAACCUCAAGGAUAAAGUUGCAAGGAUUAAAUAAAGCUAUAUUAGCUUCA